UACGGUACGCCGAGUGAAGCCGCGUCCAGAUUACAUGGCUACGCCUUGAAAUUACCCACUUUAUGUGGGAAAUUCAUGAAGCCGCUAGCUGGGACCUUCUUUAGUCACAUGUGUUAUUUGAAGCCGUAGCUUAGUAAUAAAAUAAGCUCAUGAAGUGUUAUUACAUACCGCGCCGGUGCGAACGUACGUCCAAGACGAAGGCCUACUGAUCUGUUUACAAGUUAAGUGCACGACCUUUGUAUAGGCCUGGUUCAAGUUGUUUCAUUCAGCCGUGAUUGCUGAUAUUCCCAAAUUGGACGUUUCUGGUACUUUACAAAGUGCAUAUAAUUCCGACCAGUGACAAUGAUGUUGUCUAUGAUCUCGUAGGAGAAAGGACAGCCGACUAUAAUUUGUAUGCCUAGCUAGUAGGGGCCUACCGGUAAGCUAUCCGACUUCUUCAAGGACACAGAGAGAGAUAUCAUGGCAGAUCUUACUAAUAUGGUGUGUUGUAACAUGAGGACCUUGCUGCUCAGCCCACACGCAUGAUUGCUGCACAGGGGUACUUUCUAGCCAGACAACUUCAGCAAGAUGUGGCAGAUGAACGGGAGCUAUGUUGACAGUGAUCCAGCGCCGUUCAACAAGUUUGGGCCAGCCCCUCUUCCCGCCAUUAAUCCCAGCAACCAGUCAAGUCAGACUCCCCAGCCCAAUGACUACAACCAGAUUGUCCCCAUUGGCGGGCGGCGGUCUCAGCUGUCCAACAUUACAGCUGUGCCAGCCUUUGCCGGGGACUAUACAGAGAACAGGUUACGCCAGGUAGAGGAACGGCUGAACAUGUCGGAGCAGUCCUGCCGGGCGCUACUGGAAGAAGUCGUCCGAUUAAGAGGGGAGUUGAAGCAGUCACACCUGCGCUCAGACGAAGCCCUCCAAGGUGAGCGCCAGGCCCGCCAGCAGCUGGCUGACAACAUCCGGGCCAGCAAUGACCUGAUCGGCCAGCUGGGGGCACGACUGAAGCGGGCGGAGGAGCGGGUGUCGGAUGAGCGGACAGCGGUAGGGGCCUUGGUCAACCAUACCAAGCAGGUGGAGCAGGCAGUGCUGGGGAGCCAGCAGGAACUGGUGGCCAGGCGCGACCAGCAACUCGCCAAAAUUGCUGAACUUCGCAAUGACUUUGACGAGUCCAAUCGUCUGAGGGAGCAGCUGGAGAGGGCCACAACUACGUUAGUGGAUGAAGUCCGCGCCAUCAAGGGCAAAGUGGACACCUACCAAUUGGAAUCCACUAGCAUCGUGCAUGAUGUCAAGGAACGCACCAAGAGAUUAGAGGAAGACAACAGAACCCUGAUUGCCAGGUACCGCAUCCAGUGUAGUGACCAAGAGUUGAACUCUGACAAGAACCUGACUCAGCUCAGGUUACAGAUGAGUGCCAGGCUUGGUGAGGUGAGGGACGUUCUGAUGGAUCUCAGAAAUCGAGUGUCCACAGAGGAGACUGAACGAAGGCAACAGGAACAGAAUUUCUUCCUCAAGAUCAACGACCUGCAGUCCCAGGUCCAUGAGCAGUCACGCAAGCGGGAUGAGACGUUGCACACCAUCGACGUGGUGCAGCGGGAGCGUGAGCAUGCUGCCGACAACGAGCGACUCAAGAUGCAAGGCAAGAUUGCUGAGAUUGCCGAGGAGGUCAGCCGCAAGAUCCUGUCCAAGGAGAUCCGGCUUCGGGAGGAGGCACAGCAGAAGUUUGGCAACAUUGAGAAGUACCUUCAUGCUGAGCAGGCUGCUCGUAUUGCUCACGAGCAAGCCAUGCGAGAGGAGAAUGAGAAGCGAUGGGCAGCGCUGCAGAAACUCACUGAGGAGGAGGUGCUACAUGUCCGUGAAGGACAGAAGUUGGACAGGCAUAAGAACAUUGGCGGGAUGAGCAAAGUCAAUGAAGCCAUGGACAAGCUGGAAAAGAUGCAGCACGAGACAAAGAAACAGCUAGAAGCCGUCAUGAAGGCGGAGAUCAAGUCCAGGCAAAAUCAAGACAAGCAGAUUGAAGACAAGAUUGAGGAUGUUCAAGAGAAGCUGGGCGUGGCCAUUUCCACCUUACAGCAGGCAAUCGGUGGCAUCAAUGAGCAGGUGUCCUCAGCAACUAACCAGCCUAAAGGAAGUACCGACGGGUACCAAGACAAGGUGAAGCAGAUGAUUGAGGAGCAGAGCCAGGGAGGGUUACGUGGCCUGGCAGACCUUGAUGCCCGGGUGGUCGCCCUACAAACCAAGCUAGCAUCACAGGAAGAGGAAACUCAGCAGACUAUAAGGAAGGCUAUUGCUGAGGCCAUUGAUGAUAAGCUGUUUCUCACUGAUUAUCCUAUGGCGGCUAAAUCUAUGUUGGAAGAGCAAGGAGAGAAACUUGAGAAGAUUGAUGAUUGGCGAGACAGUGCCGAUAAGAAACUCAAACAGGUCAAGGAGCGGAUGGAUGAACUGGGACCAGAGAUCCGCGAGAUGAAUCGCACCAACGAGUCGCUGCAGGAAGACGUGAAGGGGCUGAUCGACUCAGAGUCCAAGGACAGAAUUCGUGACGUGCAGAUGGUUCGCCAGGAGUUACAGUCUAAGUACACCCAGUUGACCCAGGAGAUCGAGGCAGCCAAGCAGGCUGCACCGGCUGGAGCUGAGGCGGCCGUGCCUUCCAUACCAGUCACGCAGAAGGAGAAGCUUGCCCAGGGCAAAGGGGGCGGCAAAGUGGAUGAGGCCACAAGAGCCAGGAUUGAUGACAUGGAGGAAGUCAUCAACAAGCAACGGAAGAAGAUUGAAGAGCUCAAGGAGCAGAUUGGCAAAGUAGAGAGUAGCAUCCAGACUGUCCGAGUGCAUCUAGGAAGGAAGAUAGAUGCCGAGACGAAAGCUAGGAGAGAAGAUGUGCAAGACAUGCAGGGUGUGUUUGAAGAGUUGCAGGGCCGAGUAGCCCCGCUUCUUAAUGGCAAGAGCCCGUCAGGCCCACAGACGCCCGGGAGGAAGGACAGUGGGGCGGAGUCAGCCAAGGGAAGUCGGAGGGGGAAUUCAGGUCAAGGUAGGGCGUCGGCAGGCAGCAACCACGACAGGUAGCUCAAGACGUUGGGACUGCUCAGGUUAAUCAAUCAAAGGGUUCGCAGGAGAGUGCAGUAAUAACAAAGCAAGUAUUUGCCUUGCAGGGCCCAUGCGUCAAGUUGACAAUCAACAUCCUGGUAAUAGCACAUUGCAGCUAAUCACCUGUGCUUCAUUGUGUUAGUGAGCCCCCAUCCAACACAUGCCAACAGUUAUACUCAGGUCGUGACAUCAUUUAGGGGCCAAUUUCUUUUGGUUGGAAGGCAAGACUUAGUUGGAGGGGCAAAAACUUGGUCCCCAUAAUUUUUGAACUUGGUGUAUACACAGUCCCAAAAACUCUAGAAAAUAUAUGCAUGGACUUUCCAUCAGUCUUCGUUUGUUUGGACAAAGGAUUGGGAUAUGAUUAUAUAAAAUUAACAUCUCCCCAACGCAAAAAUACAUCUUGAAAAUGAUUUUCCCGUCGGGUUCUUACCCAACCACGAACCUGUUGUCCUUUGUUCUGUUUUCCUAAUUGAUUGCAGAAACAAACUCACCAACUCAAAUGAAGAAAAUUACGGUUACAAUGAUUUCCUUAAGGGUCCAUGUGGCCCUAGCUAUAUGGGUAGUGUGAGAUAAAUGUUGGCAAUUAAGCACUCUGUAGCCAAGGGUAGAUCCAAAACCAAAUUUGUUUAUUAAGAAGGGAAGAAGUCCCUCCAAAUAAUUUUUGUCUCAUUUUUCAAAAACAAAGCUUUUUCCGGGGGGGGGGAUGGAUGGACCCUGUUGUUCCCGCUCCCUGAUCCACCAGUGGAUGUACCCACAGAUGUUGAUUUUAUUCAAUGAUGCACUGAUGCACUAAUUGUACCUGCAAUUGUCAACAAGUCUGGUUUCCAGGCAUUGAACCCAUGAUAGCGUAUUGCAUGUAAAGACAGGCUGGCGUUGGAAUGAUAAUGACCUAUACAUCAAACCAAUAGUUUUCUUUCCAAGCUGACUUGUACUAUUUCAAAAUGGUUGUUGAACUUUGUAGCCCAUGUAAAUGUGAAGACGUGCAGAGAUUGUUCAAAUACCUGGUCAUGUACACACAGUUGAGUAGUGGAACAGUCUUUUCUGCCAAGUAAAGCUUUUUUGUCAGAUAAUCUAUGAGGCCCUAUGUUGUUUUAAACAUUUUAAACCCCAAAAUCUGUAUCCCCAUUUAAAGGAUUUUUGUUUUUAGCCAAGUAGUGCUUGCUCUUCAUUCCCUCCUCCUAGAAAAGGUGGUUUGCUUCCCCCUGGAAACAAUCCUGAUGACGCCCAUGAGUAUUGCUAUACAGACAUUUUGCUUAGCAACCGUGGCUCUGAACUUGUUUUUUUUUCUACAAUCUGGGCUCGGUAGAUUCAUAUAAACUAUCCAAAUAGUGCAGGCAAAUCUAACAGCUUGAACCUUUGAUGGUGUUCCAUUACUGCCGCACAUUACAAUACCGGUAACUUCAAACCCGUCUGAUGUUACAUGUCGAUUAGUGGAAAAGAUAAAUUCUCUUUUGUUAAGUUUUUGUUGUCAUAAUCUAAAAGAUUUCUCAGCCGUCAUUGUCAAUUUGAAAUCGUCUGUUUUAAGUUACAAAAAUGGUAAAAAAGUAAAUUUGUUUGAGUUCAGUUGCUGAAUAUGUCAAAAUACAUCCCGUUUCCUGCAUUUUUGGACAGAACUGCUACAUGUAAAUUAACUUGAUGGAAUAGCUACAUAUAUUUUUGUUCAUGUUUGUGCUUGCUUUGUCUCACGAUUCAAGAAACUGUUUGAGUCGAACUUCCAGAUGAUGUGUUGCUCAGUCGAAGUUAAGGCAAAAUAUUUUUUAGAUUGUACACCACAUUGAAGUGUAUUUAUAUUUAAAUGAUCUUAGCUGAAAUAUAUUUGUAAGUUGACAGGAAACGUUUUUCAACCAUCUUCCUUCUGGUGAUAAGCGUAAAAAUGUCGUGUGCCUUGUGUAAAUUAUCUUAUGUGAGCAUGUAAUAUAAUGAUACUGAAAAAAAGUCUGUAUAGAAACUGUAUUUUGCAACAUUUUAAACAAGUGUUGGAUUAUUUUGUUUCAUUUUGGAGAACCGAACUGACACGAAGAACAAUUAUCUUUACAGGUAGUAAAUAGUUAUGUUCAGUGGUUCGAAAUUCGGUUGGAAUUUGAAGAAGUAGCUUAUUUAACAUUGUGAAGAGGGAGCUUUGCGUGUUUGACGAAGUUAUGCUGUUCUUGAGGCAAAUGUUUAAGUUACUGAUGAAAUUUGUUUUACUAUUCAAAGAUAAUUGGCAGCUUCACUGGCACUCAUGUUGCAAUGCUUUGAACUGCAGUGACGCUUUACGGUGAAAACUGAUCGAGACGUUCAGAAAACACAAGUACGUUCAUUAGAAUGUGCCAGAAAUUGCCCUUUAGACUAGAAUUCACCGUGUAUGAAAUGGGAUUUAACACAAAGCUCACAACAUUGUAUUAGCUAUCUUGAAGGUAACUUCGGUUAAUUACAUAAAUAAAAGCAAUCUUCCAGAGGUACAGCAUAGUACGAGUUCUGGAUUCAUUUAUCAUAUUUCAUGUCUGCCAUGAUAGGUAUGUAGCAUAUGGAAAUCUGGAACAGUGCGCAUGACUUGUUUCUUCUGUAAUGCAGACAGAAUGUUUUGUAUUUUUAAAGCAUUACUCGCCGUAUUUCGCCAAUCUUGUGAUGUUUUUGAACUCAUGAAUGGAUGGCGCGCGGUACUGGAGCAUUCAUUUUUGGAACCCUAGAUGUUUCUACCCCAGCCUAGUGUGAUGAGGUAGGAGACAAUGAGACUUAAAAAAAAAAGAAAAACGAGAACAUUUGGCGAGCGAGAUGUCUCUCGCUCCAGCGUCAUAGAUAAGUACUGGCCAGUUGCUAUGCGAGCCCUCUAACAAAAAAGUACACUCUCCAUUAUGACUCGAAAUAUGCAUUAAGCCCUCCACCAAUUGUAAAUCAUUAUUGUCGGGACCCAAGCUCAGGACUCGGCGGAUAUUGUACCUAAUUCCUGUAAUAAUUUACCUGCAUUUAUUGACAUAAUCCGCCGGAUCAAUGGAAUAUUAGUCCACUAAAGUGGGGGUGCGUGUAGCGUUUUCAGAAACAAUUGCCCUGCAAAUAAACCACCUCCGAUGGGCUUUUUUUUCAAGCGUGGUCUAAUUUCAUUUAUGGGGGUCCCCCCUUGCUUUCCGUCAUCGAUCGUCUAAGGUUGAUGCAUGAGAGGGGGCAUGCAUUUCUGAUCUUUCGCUGGCUUGUGUCAGUUAUCAACUGCUUGAAAAAGCUCGCGUUUUUCGGGCUCCUUUCUUGUGAUAAAUGGAACUGCACUUUUUUUGAAGUGAAUUUUACGUGUGUCUUUCUGCACCUCAAGUGAAUGUUUGACUCGGAAAUUAUUUUUAGAGCGAGAGUGUGUGUUUUUUUUUUCAACAAGAGUGAUGAACUAACCAUCUUUUCUGUUGUGUUCACGAUAGUGCAACAUUCAGGGGUUUGAAUUAAGUACAUGUACACCAAAUGUUCCAAUUAAAGGGCAGGUAAAUAAUGACAUGGUUAAGUGUUACCUCGAGAAGUACUGAAACAGUGAUUGAUUUCAAAGCUCUUAAUUACUAAUUAACAUAUCAUAGCGUGUCAAUUUGUGAAAGAUGCUUUUGAUUUUAGAGUGAUAAAAGCAAGAAACCCCGAAUUUGCCACAUUUAGAAGACGGGUCUUUUAUCCGGGUCGGACACAGUUCUAACGCUCAUCCACACAAUGGUUAAUGAGCGGAGAAAAUGUGCGCAAAAAAGGUCUGUAGAAAUGCUUCUCCGGUUUUCUGUAAAUUUCAGAGAAUUUUGCAGUGUGCCUAUGCAGUUUCUCAGUCCAGAUUUUCACUGUUAUUUUAUUGAAAUUAAAAGCGGGUAGAAUCAUGCCGUUCCAGGAAGUCUGCUUAAUUCAUUCAUUAAACCUUUAACGUCAUAUCGUGUCUAUAACUCGAACAGUUUCGUGACUUACUGUUUCUAGUAGCCAGAAAUGCACCUGCGUGUGUGGGCGUUUGAAAGGUAGCCCACGUGUUCACACAAUUGCCCUUGUUCAUUUUUUGUUUUUAGCUGAAGAAAGAAAUAGCUGAUGUGUCAGCAGGCAAAGGUGUGAGUGUGGAGGGAGGAGGCGGCAGCAAUGCAGCCCCUAGCGGUGCAGCUACGGCAAAGAGUCCAAGAAAGGAGGCUGCCGAAGGAGACCCCCAGCCCUCCACCUCCCGACGGUCAUCCGUGGCCCCGUCGCAGCGUAGCAAGCCGCCGCCGGGCCCCAGCGGGGCGCGAAGCCGUGGCCCGCCACCGGGCUCUAAGCUUUCCACUAAGACUCCGUUGAGAACGCCCCGGCAGAGAGGCCCACCCAUGUUCGUCAAGGAGCUGGACGGUAGUGGUGAUAUCCACAACACGCCGGCGAUCAAUCGUUACAGCGUGUAUAAUGCCUACUGGUGGAUGAAGGCAAUCAAGAAAUGGCGCAAGAACGCGCCCGUCAGACAGAGACCCAGUCGACGUACCUCGCAGGCUGGUCAGAGCAGGCGCGCGUCUGUAGCGGCCGGUAGCCGCUCUGGUCAACCCAUGAGCGAUAGGCUCUCGCUGCGGUCUGGUACCAUCACCGGACUCGAGGGUUCUGCGAGUGUAAUAGAAGGCGAUGAUGCUAACUAGGCGUACAACACACGUAUUUAAUGAGCUACGUGCUGCUGGGUGCAGUCCAUGUCAAGAUCUUAAACCUAAAACGUUAAAAUAAGUGAUGGGUAGAUUGUUUCGUGCACCUGACACAACUUACUGUUAUGGAUUGGCUAAUGGACUCACACCAAUAAAUUAACGCAUUUCUUUGAUAUGCUCUGAUACGGGUAUUCUAAAUGUGAAAACAGUGUUUAUAUCUCACCCACACAAAGACAUCAAUACCUUUGUAUUGGCAGACGUCUAUACUCGACUAUAAACCUAUGCCCUAUGGUCAUUUUGGUCACACAAUUUUGCCAACAAUUAAGACAACGGAAGAGAUGUUAGACCCCUAUUUACAGCUAGCGACCAGAGUUUAUAAGUUUUGGCUAUCGCCGAUGCCAGAAAAGAAACAAAACCAGCUUUGUCUCUGACACCAGUGUUGCUUGUGGGCCUACUGUUGCUCAGUCUUAAUGAAAAUUGUUGGAUCCAUGGGAUACAUUUUGGUGCUUGUCAAGCAAAAUAUGACUUUAGUACUUUUUUUUAAAUUAAGUAAAACUCCUAAUUCGGGGAGGUAAAACCGGUAAAUCCAUGGUCGGAGGCAAGGCCGUGAUUUUGGGGAAACCCCUCUAGAAACCUUUCUUUGCGUAGGUAUAUAGGCUACCAACUGAAUGCAGUUCGACCGACUUCCAAAAAUACACGCGUGCCUCGAAUGGCAUGUGUAUGAGACAAUGCGAGAUUACGGCUUGAAAAUAACAUGCAACACUUUGGGCUGUGGCUGCAAGCCAUGAGAGCGCCAUAGAAUCGUGUGUGAUGUCAAGCCGAAGCCAGGUAACUCAGCCUGAGUGUGAUAAGGGCACCACUAGGAUGCCACAUGUGGUAAUGGCGCCUCUCUUGGGUAGAUUGGUCCAUAUCUUUGGUCUGUGUGUGCUAAAUGUACACACGGACAUAAAUACUUCUCUCAGAGCUGUAAGUUGAGGUCAUUGCAUUGACUUGUUUGUUACAAGUUAGAAUAAGACACUGUUCGGUUUGGUUUUAUAGUUUUCCGAUGUGAUAUCAGUGAAGUCUGUUUAUCCACCCAAACCACGUCAAACACUUUCUACAUCCACGUCGAUAUUACUGUAUUAUAUUGUACAAGCAAUGUAGUUAGGUGCAUCGAUUAUUGAACACACUGGAUCUACACAGUGUGAUAGCUUUCUCGGAUUAUGUUCCUUUACUUCGCAUCGUUUGCAUAAUAUUGUACAGUAUUAUCUGCAUAUUGUAUAGAAGUGUGUGCCAUUGCGUUUUUGAUAGCGAGUGACAGGUCUGUACAUAAAAUAGUAGUAGAGAAUUGACCUUUUUGAAAUUCUCAUUGCAUCCUGGGAUCGGAUGACAAUUAAACAAGCCAUGAAUUUCACGGGUGCAACUGGGGGAAGUGAGUCAGUCGAAAAUCAAGUUGCAGUGUUAAGAGGAGAGGAUCAGGUAUACACUUCGUCCAUAGAGUUGUGCAUAAACCUUGCUUGUUUGUCAUCAAAUCCCAUAGUGCAUUGCAGAUGUCGAAAAGGUUUAUUGAAACCAGUGCUGCUCGCGAAAAAAAGAAAGAAUGCAGAUCUAUUGAAAA